GCGGGCUCACUGCGAACAAGAUGCCGAGCGGAGACGCGCAGCUCUGCACCAGCUACUUCAACAUCAGAGGCGACCUGGUGCAAAGUUUCAGGUGUCCGAGGAAGGCGGACGGCAUGGACAAAGUUUACUGCUGCGGCUUCUUGGACCUCAAGUACUGCUGCAGCGAGUCUGAUAACUAUUUCCCCUACUCGCACGGCUACAUGUGGUCGCUCAGUAUAGGUGCAAUGGUGGGAUUAGGAAUUGCUGCCCUUGUUUUACUGGCAUUUGUGAUCAGUGCGUUUGUGCUAUGCUACUUAUUUUUCUGCACUAAACCUCAAAGAUUAGAUUCUGGCCUCAGACUUCAGAACCUGACAACAUCUCCAGUUCAAACAAAAAAAAAGACAACCAAACAAGGGAUCUUGGAAAUACCAGUACCCACAUCAUCAGCAGGACACCCACCACCCGUUCCAGAUGGAAUUGUUCAAGAUAAGCCUUUGACUAUGAUAAUAGAGACUUAAGCUACAACCAGAAUCUCACAACUUAAACAAGAAAAAGCAUUGAAUUUUAAAAUAAAUGUUAAUUCCUUUCCUAGUAAGAGCAAAAAUAAAAAUAAAUGACUACCUUGUUAUCUGUCAAAUAUAAAAUACUUGAGGAUUAGUCUUGUAA